AUGACCAUAGUGACUCUCUAUAACCCCCUACUACAUUUAAAACCCGUGUUUAAAUAUAAAUUAGUUCAUUGUUCGGGCGGCGGCUUUCCUGUCACGGGAACACUCCCAAAGGCACGUGAAAGGUUUCGAAGCGAUGCCAUCACCAUGUUGCAGGAAGGCUACCGUCAGUUCAAAGGUCGGCCAUGGUACGUCCCUAGUCCUUUAGGAGAGCGUUUGAUGAUCCCGAGCAAAUACGUCGAAGAGCUGAAGAACGCACCGGUAAACGAGGUCGAUUUUGUCGCUACCUUCUUUGAGAUGUUUGAGGGCAAGUAUACGACUAUGGGUAGUCGCUCUACGCUCCAUCCACGAGUUGCUAAGCAUGAGCUGAAUCAGAAUAUGGCGGCGGUUCUGGAUCCUGUCAUGGAAGAGAUCAAAGACGCCUUCGAGGAACAUUUGCCUGCUACAGACGAUUGGAAGCCAGUUCACGUCCACGACGCUAUCGUCAACAUCGUCGCUCGCGUAUCAUCACGCAUGUUCGGCGGAGUCGAUCUCUCACGAAACAAAGAAUGGGUCGACUCAACCAUCAACUUUGCCCUAGAUGGCUUCGUCGGCGCCCAGGCCAUCAAAAAGUACCCUCUCAUCGUCCGACCAUUCGUAGCAAAGUUCAUCCCAGCUCUCACAAAGAUCAAACAACAUCACGCAACAGCCCAGCGGGUCAUCGUUCCGAUUCUCAAGGAACGAGAAAAGGCUGCGGCUGCGGGCUGGCCUGAGUCAAAUGGCAAGCCACCAGCUGAUUUCUUGCAGUGGAUGCUUGACGCUGCUGUUGGCGAUGAGAAGCAGAAGAGUUUCAUCGCUCAGAUUCAGCUGAAGCUUAGUUUCGCUGCUAUUCAUACCAGCGCUGCGGCACCGACACAGUUAUUGUAUGAUCUUUGUUCGCUACCGGAGCAUAUUGGGGGACUCCGAAGUGAGAUAGACGAGGCUAGGGCUUCUGGUGGUGGUGAGCUCAACAAGCGGACACUGCUUAAGCUUGAGAAGCUGGAUAGUCUGAUGAAGGAAGCGCAGCGAUUCAACCCGCUACUUCUGAUUACCUUUGAGCGUAUCGUCACGCAGCCAUAUGUUCUGUCCGAUGGCUUCCGCAUCCCAGCCAAUACGCAAAUCGGCGUACCAACACAAGCCAUCUCUAUGGAUCCCGAGCUUUAUCCCAAUCCCGAGGUCUUUGACCCUCUGAGAUUCUACAAUCUCAAGAAAUCACUUGAUGGAAAAGAUCCGGGUGCUGCUGGUAAAUUGGCAUUUGCCAGCUCUAACCAUGAGAGCAUGGCUUUUGGCUAUGGUCGCCACGCGUGUCCGGGUCGCUGGUUUGCGGGUAAUGAGAUCAAGAUGAUUAUGGUCUAUCUGCUGGAGAACUAUGACUUUAGACUUCCGGAGGGAAAGACUGGGUUGGAGAAUAGGCCGCCUAGUUUGUGUUUUGAGACGCAGUAUCUGCCAAACCCUGAGGCUGUUCUUGAGUUUCGGCGACGCAAGGCAGACUAG